AUGUUUGAGCUUAGUUUUCUUCCACAUUUGGACUACAUUUAUGACUGUACUAACCUUCAGCUGAUCUGCAAGGAUAUGACCAAAGGGAUCCGGCCAGUUCGGGGAAAUUUCCUAGACACUUCUAUAUAUGUGCGCAUUGACUCAUGCUUAUCUGACUUAUACAAUCAAAGUGCCAACGAUUCACAUGCAAAAUCAUUUUUCAAAAAUAUACACUUUGUGCCUGACUAUGAUAUAAAUCCUGUGACUUGGAUGCCAGCAGUCCAUCUGCAAACCGCUGGUCAUAUAUCUGGACUUGCAUAUUAUCACAGAAUUGAGGAAGCUUCAUCUAAUGACUCGUCCCACUUCAAUGACCGUAUUAAGCACUCAAGAAAACUUGCAGGCGUUAGUCUACAUCCUGUAUAUGGUGGUUGGUUUGCAUUUCGUGGCAUCCUCAUACUUCCCGAUGUUAUAUGCUCUGAUCUACCGAGGAACGAACCACUAUCCUCUUUGCCUCCAUUUAAGCCUCCUUUUCGAAGCGAAGAUGUGCUUCGCCUACUGAACGAAUUUAACUCCAAUUGGAGGGAGGCAACCUGGAGGAAUUUCGGCUUGGAAAGAGAGGAUCCCUUUCAUAAAUAUUCACCCACUGCUUUGCGUUAUUUUUCUUCACUUCCUAAUGAUCGAGGAAAAUUGGUUGAAUCCUUCCUCGACAGAUGA